CUCGUUCAUUGAAUUUUUCUUGGAAGUAAAAAACAAACAAACAAAUUUUCAUCGUUUAAGAAAAAUGUUCAUCAAACAAAGCAGUUCGUUGAUUGGAAAAUCGGCAUUGACCAUGUUAUCAUGUCGAACAAAACCGAUUCCAAUGGCUCGUUUUGUUCAUCAAAUGAUGAAUAAAAAUACAUCAUCAUCAAUGUUGGCCAUUCGUUCGAAUGCAUCAAUUUUCAAUGGUAAUCAACAAUUACGUUGGUUUGCCGAUGCAACACCAAUUGAAACAGAAAAAUUAUUUGAAAAAGCUAAAACAUUAGUUGAUGAUAAAUUGAAAAGUGAAAUCAAUGCAACAAUGGUUUUCUGUAUAUCGGGUAAAAAUAUUCUGUUCGAUGCAAACAAAGAUCGCCCGUUAAAAAUUGAAGUUUGUGCUGGUGAUCCACCAAAAGCUGAUGUUACAUUUAUUGCUGAUGAUAAAGUUUUUAUGAAAUUAGCUAAAGGUGAAAUGAAAUCAACAAUGGCAUUUAUGACUGGUAAAUUGAAAAUAAAAGGUGAUAUUAAAUUAGCACAACGUGCUGAAAAAAUGUUUAAAGCAUUACAGAAUGAAGUUUCUUUUGCUGGAAAAACGGUUUUCGUAACCGGUGGUAGUCGUGGUAUUGGUAAAGCAAUUGCAUUAAAAAUGGCUAAAGAUGGUUGUAAUGUUGUUAUUGCUGCUAAAACUACUGAUCCACAUCCAAAACUUGAAGGUACAAUCUAUACGGCUGCUAAAGAAAUUGAAGAUAAUGGUGGAAAAUGUUUACCAGUUCAAUGUGAUUUACGUGAAGAAGAAGCAGUUGUUCGUGCUAUAAAACAAGCUAUUGAUAAAUUUGGUAAAAUUGAUGUUCUUGUUAAUAAUGCAAGUGCAAUUAGUUUAACUGGAACACAGGAAACAACAAUGAAAAAAUAUGAUCUUAUGAAUCAGAUUAAUGCACGUGGUACAUUUAUGGCAUCAAAAUAUUGUAUACCACAUUUAAAACAAUCAUCGAAUCCACAUAUUUUGAAUUUAAGUCCACCAUUAGAAAUGAAACCAAGAUGGUUUGCACCACAUGUUGCUUAUUCAAUGGCAAAAUUUGGUAUGUCAUUAUGUGUACUUGGUAUGGCUGAAGAAUUUAAAGAUCAAGGUAUUGCUGUUAAUGCAUUAUGGCCACGUACGGCAAUUUGGACAGCCGCUAUGGGUAUGCUUAGUGGUGGACAACAAGAAAUAGCUAAAAUGUGUCGUAAAAUUGAUAUAAUGGCUGAUGCUGCAUAUGCUAUUACAUCAAGGAAUUCAAAAUCAUGUACAGGAAAUUUUUUCAUCGAUGAAGAAGUUUUACGUAAUGAAGGUAUCAAGGAUUUUGAUCCAUAUGCAAUCGAACCAGGUAAUCAAUUGAUGGGUGAUUUUUUUAUACCUGAACGUGUGAUGGAUGGUCUUGCCGGUAUGGCCGGUACAAGUGAAGAAGGUAAAACAUCAAUGACCGAUGAUAGUUCAUCAUCAUCGCCAUCAUCCGAUCGUAUAAUGGAUGUAUUGAAUCAGGCAAAAUCAAAAAUGACCGAUAAAAUCAAGGAUGAAAUUAAUGCUGUUUUAGUUUUCAUUGUAUCCGGUCGAACAUAUUUGUUUGAUUCACAUUCAACCCGUCCAUUGAAAAUUGAAUCAUUAAACAAAGCACCGGAUUCAUUCGAUGUACAAAUGAUUACGGAUGAAGAAACAUUUAUACAAAUGGCUAUGGGUAAAAUCAAACCAACAAAUGCAUUCAUGUCAGGAAAAUUGAAAAUUAAAGGUAAUCUUCAAUUGGCAAUAAAAGCGGAGAAAAUAUUUAAAACUGUCAAUAAUAAUUCAUAAUUCAUAAUUGAUUUUAUUACAAAUAAAA